UUUGGAGGAAACGAAACGUUCCGUUAUAUACAAAAGCACAUAACGGAUAUUCAUAUAGAUGGAAUAAAUAAAGCAAAAGAAAUCUGCAAUUGGCUACAAAAACAUUUUGGCAAAAAUAUUGUGGAUGCAAAAUCAUGCUGCUGCAAUCAUUGCAAUAAUGACAUUCCCAAUAAACCAGCAUUUUUAAUGAUUCAUUUGGAACAAGUGCAUGAUGAGAUUAAAAUACCUGAGGAGAUCAGACCAACAAAAUUAUGGAAGUGUAUUGCAAAUAACAACGAAUGGAUGUGGAAAUUUGUCACAAAAUAUUUAUUAACAAAAAAUGAGGAACAUGCAAAUUGCAAUAUUUGUGAUAAACGUUUAUCUAUUACCGUAGAUUACGCAACUAUAAAUAGCCACAUAUAUAAUAAACAUAAAACAGAUUAUGGAAAACGGAUUCCAUUACAAGUUUUACAAGAAAAGAACUUUUUUUCUAUAGAAAACAAUCAAGCAAAAUGCAAUAAAUGUUCACAUAUUAGUUCUAUUCGUUGUAUUGAUCAGAACAAGGAUCUGGAAAAUCAUUUUUCGAAUGAACAUAAACUUGAUUACGCUCAAAUAAAUGAUUUUGUCAACUGGCUAAAAUUGUAUCAAAAUGUAAUUUAUUUUCAAACAUUAGAAUGCAAUGCUUGCAAGAACAUUUCUAAUGACAAUUAUUUUAGUUUAAUGAAACAUUUUAUUAAAGAACAUCCAAUCAAAUUUCUCUUACAUCUAAUAUCAAAAAAAUUAUUAGAUAAUUUACAAAUUUUAAAAAUAUUUAACGAUGCCAAGGAUAUUGCUAAACCAGGAGGCAGCAAUCAGCAGCCACGUCAGAAUAUUAACCAAAGUUCUUUCAAAAUCACAUCACCAAGGUUAUCAGAUAUUUCAGAGUUUAAAAGUUCUGAUAAUGACAUAGAAAAUGUAGGUACAUCAGCAAUAAGCAGCUAUGAUCAGCCAACUCCGUAUAUUGAUCAAAGCUCUUCCAAUAACACAUCAAAAAGAUUAAUAAAUGAUAAAGAUUUAGAUAUUUCAAAUGCUGAUGAUGAUGCUGAAGAUAAUGCUACAUCAAGCUGUCAGCAGCCAGUUCAGAAUGUUGAUCAAAAUUUAUCCAAAAUUUCACUAACGAGUAGUGCACGACAGAUAAUACAAAGUAGAUAUAUCAUGGACACGUCAAGCUUAGAAGAUAGUAAUUGGUUUCUGAAUUUUUGCACAAUAGAAAAUAAUAUGGCAAUGUGCGAUAUUUGUUCCUGGAAACAUAAUCUUCUUGACGACCAGUUAAAGCUAAUAGAAUCUCACUUGAUACUCAAACAUAAGGAAUCUUAUUGGACUAUUAUCAAUUUAUCAAGAAUCAACUUUAGAUCAUAUGAAUCGACGCAAGUUUAUGCAAUAAAAAAUAAUGACGUUUACUGCAAUUUUUGUGAACAAAUUUAUUUUGGAGGAAACGAAACGUUCCGUUAUAUACAAAAGCACAUAACGGAUAUUCAUAUAGAUGGAAUAAAUAAAGCAAAAGAAAUCUGCAAUUGGCUACAAAAACAUUUUGGCAAAAAUAUUGUGGAUGCAAAAUCAUGCUGCUGCAAUCAUUGCAAUAAUGACAUUCCCAAUAAACCAGCAUUUUUAAUGAUUCAUUUGGAACAAGUGCAUGAUGAGAUUAAAAUACCUGAGGAGAUCAGACCAACAAAAUUAUGGGAGUCUACUGCAAAUCGCAAAGAAUGGAUGUGGAAAUUUGUUACAAAAUACUUAUUAACAAAAGGAGAGAACGUGCAAAUUGCAAUAUUUGUGGUAAACGUUUAUCUAUUACCGUAG